CAAAGAUUCUUAAGCCCCAACUUCUGCUGAAGUGUUCGAAGGCAAUCGGGUUUCCGCAGGCUUAUUUCUUUCUGGAACUUGUUUAGAAAAAACAUACAGAGCAUUAAGAAAUACACACAAUGGCAGAAGUUAGCGUCGGCAGCACAAUUCCAGAUAUUCCAGUCUACUAUCUUCCACCGACUGUCGGAGAUGUCUGUGUUUAUGCACCAUCGAAGAUCAACAUCAACGAGCUUGAACACCCUACAGUGGUAGUCGUUGUUCCUGGUGCCUUCACUCCGACUUGCUCUGAAAAACACGUCCCAGGGUUCUUGACUACUUCGGCAAUUGGUCAUUUGAAAGACGCCGGUGUCAAAAACCUCCUUAUCUUAUCCACGGACAGUCCAUUCAUCACCAGAGCUUGGGGUGAGAACUUGUCCUCCGGAAAGAAAGAAAUUUUGAAGGAGCUCCAAGACGGUUACAUUAAGUUUGUCAGUGACGCCAGUGCAGAACUUCUUACCAAGCUAGGUUUGGUUGGUGAACCAAAUGAUCUUUUUGCCAAAUACGGGUUGCGUGGCUUGCGUAGCGCCCUCAUCAUCGACUCUUCUGGUAAGGUUAAAUAUGUAGGUGUGGAAAAGGUCAAGGGAGCCGUUUCUGAUUCAGGCAUUGAGGCUGUUUUGGAUGCUUUGAAGAAAUAAGUUAUUUAAUGUCGUUUUAUGCCUAUUCUUUUUCAAUGAUUUUUGACGUAUUUUAAAAUAU